CGGUCUGCGUCGCGCGCGCGCCUUCUCAUCCCUUUUCACCUCACUCAGCUCUCUCAUUCGUCUUUUCGAUUUCCGUCAUUAUGGCUACAGAGUACGAUAACGAGAACGGUCGCUACGACGACGAGCCCCGUUUCGCUCGCGACCGCAGCGCAUCUCCUCGCGAUGAGCCUCGUGCUGAUCGCACCCGCAGCCGUUCUCCCAACGGUCGCGUCGAUGAUCGCGCCCCCAUUGAUCCCCGCAAGAACCUCGAUGACGAGGAGGGUGCUAUCAACACUGGAUCCAACCUGUUCGUCACUGGUAUCCACCCCCGUCUGACCGAGUCGGAUAUUUCGCGUCUGUUCGAGAAGUACGGUGAUGUCGAGAACUGCUCGAUCAUGGUCGACCCCCACACCAAGGAGUCUCGUGGAUUCGGUUUCGUCAAGAUGGUUACUGCCGAGCAGGCCGAUGCCGCUAAGGAGGGUCUCCAGGGCGAGGUCAUCGAAGGCCGCACCCUGAGCAUCGAGAAGGCUCGCCGUAGCCGUCCCAGAACCCCGACUCCCGGAAAGUACUUUGGUCCUCCCAAGCGUGGUUAGUUAUUGUCCAGACUCCCUCUGUAUAUUGAUAUAUGGCUUAUGUGUGUUCAAUCUUGUUAGAUUUCCGUGGAGGUCACCGUGGCGGCCGUGGCGAUCGCUAUGAUGAUCGUCGUGGUCCUUACGGUGGUAGCUGGCGCCGUGGUGACGACUACCGUUAUGGCCGCUAUGACUCCUACAGCGACCGCCGCGACUAUGGUGGUCGUGACUACCGUGACUACGGUGGCCGCCGUGACUACCGUGAUGACUAUGGUUACCGCGGUGGUGGCAGCAGCGGUGGCAUUGAUCGCUAUGCUUCCGGUGGCCGCGAGGACCGUUACAGCCGCGACGACCGUCGUGACGACCGCCGUGAGGAG